AUGUUGCACUCUUUCAAGACGCGGGCAUACUCGGCUCUCGUGAGUACAAGACUCUCUAGCUACAGAUCAACCGUCAGCAGUCGUCUCCACCGCAGAGCAAGCACAACGCCGACUUCCACGGCCCACACUGACAAAUAUAUCGGUCAGUCUGGUCGUCGCUAUGAAGUUGAGCGGGUUCUUCAGGAAGAAUCAUCUCCGCCACGUCAGGUUCUCCUCGCAACCGCUGGUGAUCAGAGAUUCAUAUUGAAAUAUAUCCACGAGGUCAAUUUUGAAGACCUUCAAGACGUAAACAGCAGAUUACGCAACAAUGCCAGCCAUGUUCGUCUUGCUCAGGACAUCAUCCCUGAGAAGUCAAUGUUCGUGUUCGAAUACCUCACAGGUCAUCUUCUCCACCUGGCUCAGAAGGACUUGUCUCUUGGAAUAAGAAAGAAACUUCUCAAAGAAGCUCUUCUUGGGAUUGCUGAGAUGCAUGACAAAGACAUUGUUCACACGGACAUUAAAGCGGACAACUUCUUCGUCAACUGGAAUCAGGCCGACAAAGGCAUCACCAUCGAGAAAGUCCAACUUGGCGACCUCGAAGACGCCGUAUACAUCCCUCCAGGCUCAUCCAUGCUUGGGAAGCAAGCAGGCAACUGGAUGUGGAGGAGUCCCGAAGCCCAUGCUAGAGGACGAGUGAAUAAACCAUCUGAUAUCUUCUCGUUCGCUCUUGUUUGCAUCUACGUAGUACAUAAACGGGUCAUAUUCGCAGUCGGAGACGACGAACUAGAUGAAGGCAUAGACCGCCUAGCCAUCGUGAUUGAACGUCAAAUCUCCUACUUCGGCGACAAAGAUGGAUUCCAUGGCUUUCUCGAAUACCUCGGUGACAAUCCCUGGGCAUCUGUCUUUAACAUAACCCUGAAUGGAUUCAAUCAGGACAAGCCGGUCAAGCCAUUCUCUCUUUGGCAGGGAGUCGACGAUGAUUUCAAAAGCCUUAUCUGCGCCAUGACGAAUCUUGAUCCAAGGAGGAGGAUGACAGCACGUCAGGCAUUGGCGCAUAGCUGGUUUGACGGUGUCUGA